AUUAUCCUUUUAAAACAAUGUGGAUAAAGCAAAUUAAACUAUAUUCAGUCACGUUCUUGAUACUUACGCUACUGAUAUGUCAAUCACAGGCUAUAGUACGAACAGAAGAAGCGCCAGAAUGGAACAAGGAUAGCUUAACUGCCUAUUUUAAAAAGUAUAAAAUUCAUUUUGACAAGCAUUCUGACUAUAAUGCAUUGAUGGACACUAUCAAAUCUUACAAGGAUGCAGUAACAGCCAAUGCUCGUCUUUUUGGCAGCAAUGUUGAUCAUAUCCUCUACGGAUUCAAAAAUUCUAUGGAAAAGAAUGCCAAGUUAGCAAAUAAUGACGCGCAUGCCGUUUUGAAUAACAUUAGACACCAAUUACGACAACUCGAAUUGAAGGGACAGCUCAAGAAGGAUAGAGUUCAGGCUGUGUUGGAUAAGGCGCGUCAUGAAAUCAUUCGUGAAAAAUUAAUGACAGAAGCAGAAUGGAAGAAGGCAUACUCUCAUUUUGAAGCAACCUAUGCUCAACCUACCUGGUACCAGCGCGUGUUUCACUUGAAACCAAAUAUACAGGAUAUUGAAUCGUCUUCUUUGAAGAGUUGGAUACUUUCUGUGACUAACAAUUUAAACCAUUUGGGUACUUUAACAAAGGAUCAAGUCACUUCGAUCGGCGAUGCUUUAUACCAAAGCAUAUUAAAGACAGACAUUCAUAAAUUGGGCGAUAAUGCUUGGGUUGAAGAGCUCAAAUAUAGUAUUUCACAACAAACUCAACUGAAGAAAGAGCAACUGGAGGAUGUGAUCGAAGCGAUCGCAAAGGAAGUGCGCGCGUUCAAGAUAUUUGCACUGGACUACACUGGUCAAGCAAAGGAACAAACAAAUCAUUGGAUACACAGCGUCAAGAACCGCGUAUGGACAACGGUUGAAGGAAUGAUGAAACCUAUACGAACAAGACUGUCACAUUAUCGUCACCACCUUCCCUAUGCUGAUCCCACGUCUCAUCCAAAAUGGGAAUUUUACAAUUAUAAAAACGCACACUUGAAAUAUCCCGGAGAGAAAAAGAAACUUACAGCUUCUAUGCAAUCACAAGCUCGUUCAAUGUCAAAGCAAUUUGAAACGGCUACAGCUACAAAUGUCAUCACUCACGCUUUUGAAACCGCUGUUUCAGUUGCAUCUGAAGCAGCUGCCCAGGCAACAAGCAGUGUCAAGGACAGUUUUGCUCACUUUUGGCGUCAAAAGGAACACGAUAUCUAUCGUCGACUUGGUUAUACGGAGGCACACAUUGACUGGAUACAAAACUAUCUCGAAAAGACUUUUCAAAAUCAAAAGGAUUCGGUCAAGGGUAAAGCAGACGAAGCGGCUAUUGCCAUUAAGCGAUAUUUAGAUAGCUGUAAAGUUCAAACUCCAAAUCAAGUCGAUGCCAGCGUUCAUAGGAUGAAGCGAUACUUGGAAGCAUGGAGAACCCUUGUUGACUAAUAAAUAACAAUCUCUUAAAUUUCAUCCUCCU